AUGAGUCAACUGCACGUCGGUGCUGGCCCUUCCAACGCCUGGGCGUGCCCUGGCGAGAACUUAGGCCCUGGCCGAGCGGUCCAGGAGGGCAGGGGUCGGGAAAGAGAACAACUGGAAGAAGUCUUGGCCAGGUUCAGCAGCACCUACUACGUGUCGCUGGUGACCUCCAUCGGAAGGGCCGCCAACAGGGUCCACCUGUUCAUCGAGACCGUCAAGACCUUUAAGGUGAAGCUAGAUGCCGCACACCUGUUGACGCACCACGAGAUCUCGAAGCUGUCGACGGACUUCCGGAACCAGCUGAUGGCGUACCUGAUGCCGACGUUCGUGGACACGGACCGCAUCGAGGACGGCCAGGUGCUGCUGGCCACGGUGCUCAACGCCGGCGCCGCUGCGGCCCUCUCUGCACCGCGCAGCCUGCAGCACGUGGCGCGCUGGGUCAGCCUCGACCCGCACCCCUACUCGCAGCUCGGGUAA